AUGCUUGAGGAAUUUAUUAGAAGAUUAGAUAAGAUUAAAUCCUUCAUUUUGUAUAUUCUGGCCCAACCGAGACGCAUAUCAAGGAUAACACGGGUGGACGCAGAAGGUAACAGGAAGUGGCUGAGGAAAGUGGAGAGGGGGUCCGAGGAAAAUGGGUCGGGUAUGCUUAGGUUAGGGUUUCGGUAUACUUCAACGAAGUCGGAGAGGCACGAGGGGGAAAGAAGAUCGCCGGUGGGGAAGGGGUUGAUGCUGACCGUGCGCCGGAACAGUCGCCUCUUUCCCUUUUCGUUCUCGUUCUCCCUUGGAAACUUUCAACUUGUUGCUAGAUUACUAGUGAUGCUAGCAAGAGUGUGGAGAUGCCUCAAUCUCAGUAGGCGACUGGUCUCGCGAAACUUCGGCGAGAGAAGUGGUAAGUGGGCGGAAUCUAAAGGGUGGGGAAGAAGUCGCCGAUCUGAUUUUUGGGACUUGAAGCUUGCGCCUCAAGAACCGGGGCCUCUACGCAUUGGAAUCAUCAGUCAAAUGGCCACAAACAUCAAGCUGGAGAAAUUGGUGUCAAUGGAUCCGAAUGGGAUUGUGGUGCAUCACCAUGCUGAUAUUGGGGAGUACUUGAGAAUGGAGGAUGAACUCUAA